AUGCUACAGCAGCAGCAACUCGGGGGCCCCCCAGCUGCUGCAGCAGCUGCUGCACAGGAGCAGCAGCAGCAGCAGCAGCCGCAGCUGCAGCAGCCGCAGCAGCCGCCGCCCCGCGACCACACCGAGCAGCAGCUGCAGCCGCAGCAGCACGACCACGCCCCCAACCCGCUGCAGCAGCAGCAGCAACAGCAGCAGCAGCAGCAGCAGCAGCAGCGGUCUGUUUACCGGGUUUUGCUGCCUCGCGAGCUGCUUUUCAAGCCGCUGCUGCCAGCAGCAAUUGAAGAGGCCCUGGGCCCUGCUGCUGAUUCGCCGCAGCUGUCUGUUGAGGAAGCAGCAGCAAAAGCAAUUGAGGCUUGGGUUGAUCCUGCUGCUGCUGCUGCUGCUGCUGCUGCUGCUGCUGAAGACGGAGACGCGGAGAAGGAGGCAGAAGCGGAAGCAGAGCUGCUGCGCGUUGCUGCUCGGCUGUCUGCUGCUCUGGUGUACUUCCAGCAGAAGGAGGGAGACGCAGCAGCUGUACGUACACUCGGACUUUGCUUCUCUUCUUUGCUGCUGUCUCUUGCUGCUGUUUUGUCUCUUUUGUUCAAAGGCCCUCGCGGAAGGAGGCGUUUGAAGCUUUCUGUUGCCGUUGCUGCUGCUGCUGCUGCUGCUGCAGCAAGGGCUGCUGCGGACACUGCAGCAGCAGCGGCGCCACAGCGCGAGGCGCCGCCAGACGCUCACUCCAGCGCUGCUGCUGCUCCUGCUGCUGCUGCUGCUGCUGCUGCUGCUGCUCCUGCUCCUGCUGCCAAAAGGGCACAGGCUGCAGCGCGCAGCAGCCCAGACGCAGAGCCCCAACCAGACGCAGCAGCAGCAGCAGCAACAGCAGCAGCAGCAGCAGCAGGGCCUCCGAGCCACGCAGUUUAUGCUUUCUUUGGGGUCGACUUUUAUCAGGAGUUUUUGAGCUGCUUCAGUGCUGCUGAAAGGGAAGAGCUCUGCAGCAGCAAGUUGCUUUCGCAGCAGCAGCAGCAGCAGCAGCUGCCGCUGCCUGCAGUUGCUGCUGUCACUUUCCCCGUUUUUGCGUUUCCGACGGAGGCCGCAGCUUGCAGCAGCAACACUGCUGCUGCUGCUGCUGCAGCAGAAGCAGCAGCAGCAGCUGCAGCAGAGGCAGCAGCAGCAGCAGCAGCGCCGGGAGCGCACGCGCCUCUGUCGCCUGCUGCAGCAGCAGCAGCAGCUGCUGCUGUUGCUGUAGGGGGAGUCGGCGUGGCUGCUGCAUUUGCGGCUGCGCGCGCUGCAGCAGCAAACAGUCUUGCUGCUGCUGCUGCUGCUGCUGACAACAGCGUGACCCUUUACGGGCCCUGCCUGAGCUUCCCGCUGCUGCAGUGCGUGCGGGUUUUGCUGCGGGCAGCAGCAGCAAGAGACAGCUACAUGUGUCUUGUUGCUGCUGCUGCUGCUGCUGGGGUUUCUGCGCACCUCAAGCAGCAAAAAUCAAAAGAAAGAAAGAAAGAUUUGUAA